AUGCCUCCCAAACGCAAAGCAGCAGCGCAGACGGCGGCAGAGGCCGAGGCCGAGGAUGGCUGGGACGAUCAGGACGAGGGCCCCAUGAGCGAUCAGGACACGUUCGACAACCUCAAGGAGGAGUUCGACGUCAAGGCCAUGACAAAGCGCGCGCGUGCGACUCAGAAGAAGGACGCCGCUGGGGACCUCUUCAGGAAGUCAGACCAGUGGAACGCCCACCUGAAGCCUGACCACUACAACCGGCCGCUCUGGGUCAACGACGCAGGCGGCAUCAUCCUCGAGUCAUUCCACGCGCUUUUCGACGAGGCCCAGGACUUUUUGAUCAACAUUGCCGAGCCGCAGUCGCGUGUCUCCAAGAUGCACGAGUACCAGCUGACUACGCACAGUCUGUUCGCCGCUGUCAGUGUCGGUCAUUCUAGCAAGGAGAUCAUCGACAAGCUCGACAUGUACUCCAAGACAGACCUGUCAGCUGCCAUCGUCCACUUUGUCGAGAAGUCGACGUCCGCAUUCGGCAAAGCCAAGAUUGUGCUCAAGAAGACCCUCUCGUAUAUUGAGAGUGAAGACCCGAGCAUUCUGAAGCGCCUGCUUGCGGAUCCCAUUGUCGCUGAAUGUAGAGCCGAUACCACCGAUGGUCUCAUCAAGGAAGCUGCGCCGAAGAUUGGUCAGAUGGCUAUCCCCGGUACCAAAUUGGCAGCCGGGGCGAACCAAAUGGCUGCACAGCAGGCGGCUGCCGCACCUCCAGCACCGAGCGAGAUGAUUGCAUCGCUAAGAGAGGACGAUGAUGAUGAAGAGAUUGCUCAGGUUCAUUCCUUCCAGAUCAGAGGUGCGGAUCGCGAGAAAGUAGUCAAGCGAUGUCGUGCCAUUGGACUUCCCCUCACAGAAGAGUACGACUUCAACAACGACAACAAGAACGCGAAUCUGGAAAUUGACCUGAAGCCCCAUGCGCAGAUUCGGUACUAUCAGGAAAAAGCCCUCAGCAAGAUGUUUUCGAAUUCGCGCGCUCGUUCAGGUAUCAUUGUGCUUCCCUGUGGUGCAGGUAAGACUCUUGUCGGCAUCACAGCUGCUUGUGGUGUCAAGAAAUCUGUCAUUGUGCUGUGCACCAGUGCCAUGUCUGUUGUCCAGUGGCGAGCCGAGUUCAUCAAGUGGUCAAACAUAAAUCCAGAAGAUGUUGCAGUUUUCACUGCAGACAACAAAAACAGCUUCCCUCGCAACGCGGGUAUCAUCAUCAGCACAUACUCCAUGAUUAGUAACGCGCGCAAGCGAUCAUACGACGCGGAGAAGGUCAUGGAGUUCAUUCGGUCCCGUGAAUGGGGUUUGCUCAUUGCCGACGAAGUCCACGUUGUACCCGCCAAUAUUUUCAAAAAGGUCACCUAUGAGAUUGCGUCGCAUGCUAAGCUUGGCCUGACUGCCACACUUCUUCGAGAGGACGACAAGAUCGAUGAUCUCAACUUUUUGAUUGGCCCGAAGCUGUAUGAAGCCAACUGGCAAGAACUAUCCGAGCAGGGGCAUAUUGCUCGUGUGCAAUGUGCAGAAGUGUGGUGCCAGAUGACGCCCGAGUUCUACACAGAGUGGCUCAAGCCCUCGACUACACAGAAGAGGGCGUUGCUAUCAAUUAUGAACCCGAGGAAGUUCCAAGCAUGCCAGUUCUUGAUCAACUACCACGAAUCUCGAGGAGACAAGAUCAUUGUCUUUUCUGACAAUGUCUACGCGCUUGAAAAGUAUGCCAAGAAGCUCAACAAGGUCUUCAUCUACGGUGCUACCCCACAGGCAGAGCGACUUACGAUUCUGGAAAACUUUCAGCACAAUCCCAACGUCAACACCAUAUUCUUGUCCAAGAUUGGCGACACCAGUCUUGACCUGCCGGAGGCAACUUGUCUGAUUCAGGUAUCAUCACAUUACGGUUCACGUCGUCAGGAAGCACAACGACUUGGUCGCAUUCUCCGAGCCAAGAGGAGGAACGACGAGGGUUUCAAUGCCUUCUUCUACUCCCUAGUGUCGAAAGAUACUGACGAGAUGUACUAUUCGUCCAAGCGCCAGGCUUUCCUCGUCGACCAGGGUUAUGCUUUCAAGGUUAUCACUCGCCUCGAGGGUAUGGAGCAAUCGACCGAUCUCGCUUUUGCAACCCCGUCAGAACGCCGCGAGCUGCUAAUGGACGUGCUCCUGGCGCGAGACGAAGACGGCAAAGAGGAGAGGAUUGAGGGUGACGCUUUCGGCACCAACUUCGCGUCCGGUAAGGGCAAGAACAAGAAGGGGGUUCGAAGAGCUGCGGGGACGCUAUCGGAGUUUUCGGGCGGCCAGACAAUGGCGUAUGCGGAGUACAACAAGAGUAGAAACAAGGAGAUCAAGGGCACCAAAGGCGUCAAGAACGCGUUCAUGCGAAAGCUUGCUAAUUCAAAUAAGAAGAAGCCGGCUUAGAUGGUGUCGCGUGCCUCUUGUAAAUUCCUCCUUUCGGCAUUUUCGUGGCGUUUGUGGCUGUCUCCUAACUUCGGAGAAUAACCUGGAGACUACUUGUACGACAUAGAGUCAAGCGCUCUCACAUGCACAACCUUAACUCUCAAAAAU